UAAAAAUCUAUUUAUGAAAAAAGAUCUAUUUCUGUUGCCUUAAAAAAAAGUUUACCUUGCAUUUUAUGGGGGGGGGUGGCAUACAUCGUACUGUGGCACGUGUGGAAGUGAAAGACCUUUGGGAAUCUGUUUUCUCCUUCCACCAAACUCAGAUCACCAGGACAGAGAGGCAAGCUCCUUUACCGACUGAGGCGUCCUUGCUGUUUUAUGGUUCCAGAGCAGACAGAGCCUUGAUAAAGGAGUCAUCUGAUUUGAAUAAUUUUUAUAUAAAUUUUUUUAAUUACAAGAGACACCCUCAAAAAACAAACAAACAAAAACCCAGGGUCUCAGCCUUGCCUGGUCUGCAACUUGCUAACUAGUCGAGGAUAAACUUGAACUCCCAGUCUUCCUGCCUCAGCCUCAGAAAGUGUCAGAAUUACAGCGUGUACUACAUCCUGGGACUAUACUUUGCCAUUUUUAAAGAUUCUAUUUUAAGUAAAAUUCUGAAACUUAUUAAGAUAAAAAUUCAAGUAAUAAAGUAGAGUUUUAGAGUUAAACAUUAAAUCUGAAAUUAAAAUUCGCAUUUGUGUUACAUGGUUGAAGAAAACAUUUUCUUGGAAGAUGGCUACUAUGCAGAUGCGGAGGACAGCUUCCAUGAGUGCAUUGGUAUUUCCCAAUAAGAUAUCAACUGAGCAACAGUCUUUGAUGUUUGUGAAGAGGCUCCUGGCAGUUUCAGUAUCCUGCAUCACCUAUUUGAGAGGGAUAUUUCCAGAACGUGCUUAUGGGACAAGAUAUCUGGAUGAUCUUUGUGUCAAAAUUCUGAAAGAAGAUAAAAACUGUCCAGGUUCUUCACAGUUAGUGAAGUGGAUGCUAGGAUGCUAUGAUGCUUUACAGAAGAAAUAUCUAAGGAUGAUCAUUCUAGCUGUAUACACCAAUCCAGAAGAUCCUCGGACAAUUUCAGAAUGUUACCAGUUUAAGUUCAAGUACACCAAAAAUGGACCAAUCAUGGACUUUAUAAGCAAAAAUCAAAACAAUAGAUCUAGUGCAACAUCUGCUGACACCAAGAAAGCAAGUAUUCUCCUUAUUCGGAAGAUUUAUGUCCUAAUGCAAAAUCUAGGACCUUUACCCAAUGAUGUUUGUUUGACCAUGAAACUUUUUUACUAUGAUGAAGUUACACCUCCAGAUUACCAACCUCCAGGUUUUAAGGAUGGUGAUUGUGAAGGAGUAAUAUUUGAUGGCAACCCUACAUACUUAAAUGUGGGAGAAGUCCCAACACCUUUUCAUACCUUCAGAUUAAAAGUGACCACUGAGAAAGACAGAAUGGAAAAUAUCGAUUCAACCAUAUUAACACCAAAACAAUCAAAAAUACCAUUUCGAAAAAUUCCGAUGGACAAAGAUGAAGGAGAAGAUGAAAAUCAUAAUAAUUUUGACAUUAAAACUAAAAUGGUUGAACAGCAAGGAAACUUGGAAUCUUCUGAAAUGAAAGAACCAAAUUUAGAUUGUAAGGAAGAAGAAAUUACACAGUUCAAAAAAAACCCAAGUCCUUCAGUUUCUCAUUGUCAGGUUGAACAGUUAGUCAGUAAAACAUCUGAACUUGAUGUGUCUGAAAGCAAAACAAGAAGUGGAAAAAUCUUUCAGAGUAAAAUGGAGGUAAAUGGAAGUCAACAAGGACAAACUUCUAAAGAAAGUCGAAAGAGAAGUCUUCGUCAGCCAGUGAAAACAGUCCUUCAUUUCUCGGGAUCUUCUAGUGAAGAAUCAGUGACGAAAAGAAAAAGAGUUAGUGAACCAAAGGAACAUACCUAAAAAUUAUUUUUCUUAUGCAUAUUUGCAAUUCUCAACAUUCAAGCUAAAAGAUACUGUAUUAUUAUUUGAAAGUGUUUUCUGUACCUCUGGAAAUUAUUUUGUGAUUCACACAGUUAUUACACUAUCUGACCUACCCAAGGGAACUUUUAACUAAACCAAAGUACAAAUGUCAUCAUUGAUUCUGCCUUCCGUUAUUCACUGAAUCUGCCUUCCAUUUUAAAGAAAGCUUUUUUUAAAAUAUUAACUUUUAAGGCCCUGCAUUUCUGAAAUGUUUAUUCUGGUAUUAAAAUUUUGUAAGGAUUCGCUUUUUACUUAUGUUAAAGCUGUAGCAUUUAAUUGGUGUUAUUAAAAUUAUGUUUUAUAUUUUGAUAUAGUGUUAUUAGCAUGAUAUAUGGCAUUCAAUAUGUAUUUAGGGCAAAAAGAUAACUGAAAGCAAUGGCUAAUAAAAAACUGGCAUUUUACUAGCAUGAUUAAGAUA